ACGCGCUGUCCCCCAGGGCCACACCAAGGGCCCGUUCCUCGUCAGCGCUCCGCUCUCCACCAUCAUCAACUGGGAGCGUGAGUUUGAGAUGUGGGCGCCCGACUUCUAUGUUGUGACCUACACUGGGGACAAGGAGAGCCGGUCGGUCAUCCGGGAGAAUGAGUUCUCUUUUGAAGACAAUGCCAUCCGGAGCGGCAAGAAGGUGUUCCGGAUGAAGAAGGAAGCCCAGAUCAAGUUCCAUGUCCUGCUCACCUCUUACGAGCUGAUCACCAUAGACCAGGCGGUGCUGGGCUCCAUUGAGUGGGCUUGUCUGGUGGUGGACGAAGCGCACAGACUGAAGAACAACCAGUCCAAAUUCUUUAGGGUGUUAAACAGUUACAAGAUCGAUUACAAGUUACUGCUUACUGGGACUCCGCUCCAGAACAACCUGGAAGAGCUCUUCCACCUGCUCAAUUUCCUGACUCCUGAGAGGUUUAAUAACUUGGAGGGCUUCCUGGAGGAGUUUGCAGACAUCUCCAAGGAGGACCAGAUCAAAAAGCUCCAUGACCUGCUGGGCCCCCACAUGCUGCGCCGGCUGAAGGCAGACGUGUUCAAGAACAUGCCGGCCAAGACGGAGCUGAUUGUCAGGGUGGAGCUGAGCCAGAUGCAAAAGUGAGUGCUGGCAUGGUGUUGGGCUGC